AUGGCUGCCACUCCCAGUUCGCAUAGACGAAGAAUCUCUCUCUUCAGAAGUCUAUUCCUUGAAUCCAUUCGAAAGUGUCCCUUUCCAUACCUAUCUCCGCUCAGAUACUAUUCUUCAGAACCACCUAAUCACAACAUCGCCACCGUUGACGACGAUGACCACCUCAGUGUCAAACCCAAAUCAUCAACCAAAACCAAAAGGGCCAAAACUAUGGCUCGUCUCAUCAACAAUAAACCCUGGUCAUCAGACCUCGAAUCGUCUCUCACUUCUCUCUCUCCCACUCUCUCCAAAACUACCGUCCUACAAACUCUCCGCCUUAUUCGUACCUCAUCCAAUGCCCUUCAUUUUUUCGACUGGACCCAACAAAAUGGAUUCACCCACGACGACCAAUCUUUCUUCCUCGUGCUCGAAAUCCUCGGCCGAACCAGGAACCUCAAUGCCGCUCGGAACUUCCUCUUCUCAAUCCCAAGAAGGUCAAAUAAUUCCAUAGGGCUCGUAGACAAGUACUUUAAUAGUUUGAUUCGAAGCUACGCUCGAGCCGGGUUGUUCCAGGAAUCGAUGAAAGUGUUCUCGAAAAUGAGAGAAACGGGUAUUUCACCUUCCGUUGUUACUUUCAAUAGUCUUUUCUUAAUUUUGCUUAAACGUGGUCGAACUGGGAUGGUAUAUAACCUGUAUGAUGAAAUGCUUAGUACGUAUGGUGUUGCGCCGGAUACAUUUACUUUUAAUAUUUUAAUUAGAGGGUUUUCUAUGAAUUCAAAGGUUGAUGAAGGGUUCAGGUUUUUCAAGGAAAUGAAGAGGUUUAAAUGUGACCCUGAUGUUGUUACUUAUAAUACUCUUGUUGAUGGCUUGUGUAGGGCUGGGAAGGUGAAAAUUGCGCAUAAUGUGAUAAAGGGUAUGCUUAAAAAGGAUUUGAAUUUGAAACCUAAUGUUGUCUCUUACACAACUUUGAUUAGGGGUAUUGUGGCCUUUGUGAAGCACAAAAAACUUGAUAAGAUAAAGGAAAUUUUUGAGGGAACUGGAGGGGAUGGAGUAUUUGUUCCAGAUACUUGUACCUUUAACACAUUGAUGAAUGCUCAUUGUAACGCUCAAAAUUUGGAUGAAGCAUUGAAAGUUUUUGAGAAGAUGACGGAGUUAAGGGUCCGACCAGACUCAGCCACAUACAGUGUUUUGAUUAGGAAUUUGUGUCAGAAAGGGGAUUUUGAGAGAGCAGAGCAGCUAUUUGAUGAGCUAGCAGAGAAGGAGAUAUUGUUACUUGAUGUUGGAUGUAAGCCUCUUGUUGCUGCAUACAAUCCCAUGUUUGAGUAUUUGUGUAGAAAUGGGAGAACUAAGAAAGCUGAGACAGUGUUUAGGCAGCUAAUGAAAAGAGGAACACAGGACCCUCCUGCUUACAAAACUUUGAUCAUGGGGCAUUGCAGGGAAGGUAACUGUAAGGCUGCACAUGAUCUCUUGGUUUUUAUGUUGAGGAGAGACUUUGUGCCUGAUGUUGAGACUUACGAGUCCCUCAUUGAUAGUCUGUUGCAAAAGGGUGAACCUAAUCUUGCCCAUGAUACUUUGGAGAGGAUGCUGAAAAGCUCUCAUAUUCCCAAGACAUCUACUUUUCAUUCAAUUCUUGCAGAACUUGUCAAAAAGGGCUCUGCUCGUGAAUCUGCUAGCUUAGUGGCGUUAAUGCUAGAGAGAAAAAUUAGGCAAAACAUUGAUCUCUCACAGACACUGUGA